AUGGCGACUGACAGCGAUGUCUCCCGCCGGAAGCACCGUCGAUCGCCCUCCGAUGACGAGUUGGAGAAGUCCUCCAAGAGACACCGCCACCACCACCGCCGCCACCACCACCACCGCCACCAUCGUAGCAAGAAGCACGACGAGGAAGCCAAAUUGAGCGGCGGGGAUGACGCUCCUCCUCCUGCUCCUUCUCCCUCGAUCCCUACUGCCCCAGAUUGCAAAUUGGCCGAUGAUGACGUGGAGGAAGGAGAGAUUCUCGACGAGGAAGCGUCUGCUGCUGGCGUUGUUAAGGGCGUGGAAUCAGGCAAGGACAUUGAUGAUUCUGAGAAUCUGGGACAUAAUCUUGAUGACAAGGAUGAGGGGUUCAUAGCCAAUUCUCUAGUUGGUAAUAAACAUGACAAGUGUGCUGGUCUGAGUAGAAAUACUAAGCCUGGUGAUCAAGAUAAGUGUGCUUCUGAGCUUGGUGCCGAAUCCAAGGUUAAUGGAAGUUCAAGCUAUUCUUAUCAUGAUGAUGAGAAGAUUUUCAAAACAGCGUCCCAGUCUCCAUCCCAGCCAGGUCUCAAGCAAACGAUUAACCAUGAUACUAAUGAUGGUGGGGAGGGCCAGUCAAACAAUGUUAAAAGUAAUUUUCCAGAUAGCAGGGGGGAUGAGUACAGAGAGGAUGCUCGGUUAGAAUCUAGGGACAAGUAUCAUGAUGAGAUUCAUGCUAAGAGGGGAUCCAUGCCACCCGAUCAUCGUAGAGGAAGAUCUCAUUCCAACAGUGGGGUAGAAGAUGAAGAGCGCUGGAAAAGAAGGCGACAUCAUGAAAAAAUGGAAAGGGAUUCUGAUGAUGAAAGAACAAGCAGAGGUAGUAGAGAAUAUGGCCGGGAUAGGGACAGAGAAUCUAGUGUUAGUCACACUAGAUACCCAGGGCGGAAUGACAGACAUCAUGGCCAUGAUGCGUAUGACAUAGACAGGAGUAGAGAGAGAGAUACGCAUAGAGAAAGGAGAAGGGAGAAGGACAGAGAAAAAAGCAGGGAUAGAGAGAUUUAUGUGGAUAGAAGGAAGAUGCAGGAACGUGAGAGGAGCCAGGAUAGGGAGGCUGAUAGAGAUAGGCAAAGGGAGAAGGGUAGAGAAAGAAGCAGGGACCGAGAGAUGUACAUGGAUCGAAGGAGGAUGCAGGAAAGAGAGAGGGAUGGUGUCACAUACAGGAGGACGGAGAAAAGGCAUGGAAGUAGGGAUUUGGAUAUGGAACGAGAUCAAAGGAGGGACAUAGAAUUGGAUUUAGGGAAUAGAAGAGGGAGGGAGCACGAGAAAGCUAGGGAUAGAGAGGAGGAGCAUGAUCAGAGGAAGCAGAGGGCAAGGGACAGAGGCUCAGAAAAACUUAUGGAGCAAGACAGAGGCAAUGAUAAGGAUGGGGAUAAGUACAGUGACAAAAGGAGAACUAGGGAAUAUGAUAGGGGCCGAGACAUGGAGCAGGGGUGGCAGAAUGGUGGAAAUAGAGGAAAGGAUAGGGGUGUGAAGAGUGAUUCUACUUGUUUCCAGAGUGCUAACAGUGAUGAUUUUGAACAUGGCAGUGAGAAAUCAACAAGGGAUGAAGAUGAACAGGAUGAUUUUGAAGAGAGGAUGACAUUAAUACUUGCUGAGCAAGAGGAGGAGGAUUUGAAUAAAAUUAAGGAGGAGAGUAGAAAACGGAGGGAGGCCAUCCUUGAGAAGUAUCGAAAUCAGCAGUUGCAUCAGCAGGCUGAGGCAAAUUUGCCGGAUGCGAAGAAAGCAUGGGAGUCCGGGGAGCAGCCUGGUGAAUCUUUACCAUCCAGUGGCAUAGCUACGGAGACUGCGAAUGGUAAGAGAGAUGGAGAUGCGAAUGUUGCAGAGCUUGCAGCAUCUGUUGUUAAGUCACCACUUCAAAAAGGGGUCCUGGUUUCUGAUGGUACUUCCUCUCCUCGUGGGCUUGGAGAGGGCACUCCAAAGAGUGAGAGAUCAGAGGAAAGGUACUGCGAUGAUAUAUUUGGAGAAACCCCUACUGCUGUUCGCAAAGCGGGCAAGGUGAACGGUUUGCCUGUGAUGCGGAGUGCUCUACAUGACAAUUGGGAUGAUGCCGAGGGCUAUUAUAGCCAUCGUUUUGGUGAGGUUCUUGAUGGACGCUAUGAAAUUAUUGCUGCUCAUGGAAAAGGAGUAUUUUCUACUGUAGUCCGUGCAAAUGAUCUGAAGGCCGGAAGUGAUGAACAGGAAGAGGUGGCCAUAAAAAUUAUACGAAACAAUGAAACAAUGAACAAGGCUGGUCAGGUUGAAGUUUCAAUUUUAAACAAAUUAGCUGGUGCAGAUUUGGAGAAUAGGCGCCACUGUGUUAGGUUCCUUUCUCAUUUCAAGUACAGAAAUCAUACUUGUUUGGUUUUUGAGUCUCUUCAUAUGAAUCUUCGCGAGGUCCUAAAGAAGUUUGGUCGCAAUAUUGGGCUUAAACUAACAGCUGUAAGGGCGUACGCGAAACAGCUUUUCAUUGCGUUGAAGCAUUUAAGAAACUGUGGUGUUCUUCAUUGUGAUAUAAAGCCAGACAAUAUGCUGGUGAAUGAGGCAAAAAAUGUGCUGAAGCUUUGUGACUUCGGCAAUGCCAUGUUUUCUGGAAAAAAUGAAAUUACCCCAUACCUUGUCAGCCGUUUUUAUCGUGCUCCUGAAAUCAUUCUCGGUUUGUCAUAUGAUCACCCUAUGGAUAUUUGGUCCGUUGGUUGCUGUCUAUAUGAGCUUUAUACUGGAAAAGUUCUUUUUCCUGGUCAAACUAAUAACGAUAUGUUGCGACUGCAUAUGGAACUGAAGGGCCCUUUUCCCAAGAAGAUGCUUAAGAAGGGUGCAUUUGUCGAUCAACAUUUCGACCAGGAUUUGAAUUUUCAUGCUACAGAACAAGAUCCUGUGAGUAACAAGAUAAUGAAGAGGAUGAUUGUGAAUGUAAAGCCUAAGGAUAUUGGGUCAAUUGUUAAAGGCUCUCCUGGUGAGGAUCCAAAAAUGUUGGCCAACUUUAAAGACAUUUUGGAAAAGAUUUUUGUUUUGGAUCCCGAGAAGAGGAUGACAGUUUCUCAGGCAUUAAACCAUCCAUUUAUCACUGGCAAGUGA